UCUUCCAUUCCAUCCCCCUCUCUAUCUAUUAAACCCUUCCCAACACACACACACAUCAAACUUUCUUGAUACUAAAUUCUUUUCAUUCUUAUGGAGGUUGCUCUGGAACUAGAAGAUGACCUCUUUUUUGCAGACUUGAGCAAGCAGAUUUCUCUUCUCAUUAUGGAUGAAGAAGAUGAACACCCUCUUGCUUCCUCUCCUCAAGAACACCACUUUCAGACUUAUUAUUCUUCUGGGUCAUUCUAUCCCCCUCCACAAUCUGGUAUUCUGUAUGAGCAUGAUUUGAGAAGACAGAGCAAAGGGACAGGGGUGUUUAUCCCUCAAUCCACACAACCUAGAAGGAAGCACAGAAAAGGAAGAUCAAGCUCAAACGCAAAACAUAAAAAGCAGACACCAGAUAUGGCUGCUCAAGUUGUUCCUAUAAAAAAAACACUGUCAAAUCCGAAAAUGGUUGAGGAUAUGUAUAUGUCUUCCCAGAAAACUGCAUAAGUUGAAUUAAUUCUUUAGUCUUUAGGCAAUAAUUGUAUGGUUGUGUAGUUUGAAGAAACCAUGUGCAGGUCAAUAUAUGUGUUGACAGUGAUGCCAGUAGAAGAAUUGUAUAUACAGCGGAGAUUGCAGAAUCUUCCUUAUGAAUUAGUUUUUGCGGGGUUAGUUGAAGUUUGAAGUGAAGUUCUAAAAGUAGGUACAAGAAGAGAGUGUUAUAAUAUGAAUAUUUGGCAGUUUAGCCAAAGGUGUUGUAACCUUCACGGUGUGCACAAGCAUGAUUUGUUGCUAUGAUGUUAUCUAGUUUGAUGAAUCUAUCCUUUUUAUUUUACCA